AUUGGCGAAGUAGCAACACACCUACAUCGAGGUGAAGGUCGUAUCUCGACCACCGGUUUUGUGUUGAGCUGAAAUGGCGUUCAGUGGAAGAAUUUUAGUAAAAUCGCUAAAUUUAGGCGAUUUACUAAGUGGAAAAGUGUCGACUAAUAUAUGUAAGCGAAUGUUUAGAAGACAUAUUAAUCAUAAGCCAAACAGAGGACAUGAUUUUGGAUUUUUAUUUGACAUUGAUGGAGUGAUAAAAAGAGGAAAACGUAUUCUUCCAUCAGCUCGCGAGGCGUUCCAGCUCCUGACUGAUGACUCCGGGAAGUUUCGACUACCAGUAGUAUUUGUAACAAAUGCUGGGAACACAUUUAGGCAAACCAAAGCUGAUGAGCUUUCUGAACUUUUAGGAAUAAAGAUAAGUACAGAACAGCUUGUGAUGUCCCACAGUCCUCUCAAGAUGUUUAAGCGUUUCCACAACAUGCACACCCUGAUUUGUGGUCAGGGCCCCAUCGAGAGUAUCGCCCGCGACCUCGGAUUCACCAACGUUACCACUGUGGACCAACUCAGGGAAUUGUUUCCUUAUUUAGACAUGGUGGAUCAUUCCCAUAGGAAAGUUGAGCCCUGUCCAGUAAAAUUUGCCAACUUUAAACCAAUAGAAGCUGUUGUGUUAUUUGGGGAACCAAAUCAAUGGGACUCCAAGCUACAACUUAUCGUGGACGUACUGGUCUGUAACGGAAUGCCGUCUCAUCUCCCCAAAGAAUUCCCCUCCACCCACCUACCCAUUGUGGCCUGCAACAUGGACCUGUUCUGGAUGGCUGAAGUACCUAUACCAAGAUUUGGCCAUGGAAUGUUUUUGACCUUUUUGGAAACUGCAUAUCAACAAUACACAGGAAGAGAACUGAAGUACUCCGCCUUACUGGGAAAACCCAGUCUUUUUACGUAUCACUACGCUGACAACAUUUUGUGGCAACAUGCAAAGCAACUAGGCUUCAGAAGUUUGAAAUCUAUAUACUGUGUUGGAGAUAAUCCCAACACAGAUAUAUAUGGCGCCAAUGUUUAUGACCGUUACCUAAAAAAGCGAAAGGCACACAAAGUCCAGAAGAAAAUGAAGCGCAAAAUGGCCGCAGGAGGGGGCGGCGCUGUGGCCGACUUUGAAUUUGAGGAUGAGGAUGAGGAGUUGGUGUCUGAGGAAGGAGGGCAAGGCAAUUAUUCCACAAGUUGUUCCUCCAUUCUGGUGUGUACAGGAAUAUUCAGCAACAGCCAUAGUGCAUCGCAUCGUAACCAUAGAGACUUCGUCCUUGACCCUGAACUCUUGAAACCAAAGUACACGACGGAAAAUGUAUUUGAAGCUGUGCAACUCACACUAGAAAAGGAAAAAUUCUUAUGAUGAUAAUGCUAUUUUAAAUAUUAAGAAUUUAUUUGUUUUUAUUUUAGUUUGCUCCAAGACUGAAUUUUUUUUUUAAUUUUACUAACUACUCAUAUAUGUACUCUUAAUUUUUGUUACCCAUCAAGGUCAUCCUAGUGCCAUUAUACGAGAACACAGGAGUUUUAGAUUGAGAGCAUGCAUGACUUUAAUCAUAGGAAUGAGUCUGUGUCUCAUAGAAGCUUCAUUUUUAUGUUGUGCUUGGAACAAAUUUAUUUUCUUUCUUUUUUCAUUUUUUUUUGUUUUAAUAAUGUUUUUGUCAAUUUUUACAGACAUUAUUAGUGGUACAUGCACAUGUAUUUAUUAAUUUUGUGAAUGCGACAAGCAUUUUGAAGUCACUUAGUGUUGCAUAUGUGACCCGACCCCCCCCCCCCCCCCCCCCCCCCCCCCCCGAACUAGAUCUGGAAAAUGUGUUGUGAUGUAUAAUUGUUUAAAGAAUUAAUUAUUGACAUACUUAAUUAUAGCAAAUUGCUACGAGAUAUCUAUACAUUGUUCAGAUUUGAACAGAAAUUAAAACAAGCUUCAAUAUGAAGUGGAAUAAAAGAUUGUUGCUAAUUUUAUCAAUGAUGUAAACCAGGAAUGUAUAUGCCAAGAAUUUGAGAGUUAUUUGCAAUUUCUAGAAGUAAUGAUGACUGAUCGAAUUAAUUUUUCCACUAUGCUGAAGUUGCAAAAAAGUGAGAAUAUUCAAAUUCUCGUAUAAAGAUUGACUUUGACUGCUGAAUCAAUGAUCUGGGAACUUACAUGUAUUUGCAUUGUUUUAAAGUCUGUGGAAAGAAAAAACAAUGUGAAAAAGUGUGUGAUACGAAAUGAAGAGUUAUAAUAGUUAAUUGAAAAGAUAGUGCUAUUUAUAUUUUGAUGAACUGUACCACAUUUGAAAUUUGAUAAUUUUAUAGAGAAUAUAUUUUCUGCUGUUGCGCCAUACUGAAAGUGCUUGUAGUAUUAUUAUGAAGAUAUUACUAAAUGUGGUGUUAAUAUGCUGUUCGUUAAAUGUACGUGCCAAUUUUAUUCUUUUGAUUUUCUGACAAUGGAAUCUUGAGCUUUAACAGAAAUGUCAAGAAGCAGAUGUUAUUUUUUUACAGAAGAGAAAAUUGAUGAAAUACUGUAGAUGCCAUUUAUAGUGACUCAGAUCUAUUGUAGAGUCACGUCAGAGAUUAUCCAUGUGUAGUGUAGCUCUUAUUUAUUACAUAUUUUGUUAGUGUUUGUGACCAUGGAGAUUUUUUUUUAUGCUGGUCAUGGUGUCUUGGAUUAUGUAUUUUGAAAAUCAAUCCAGUUCGAACCUCAGUAUCUCGGGCUUGGCAGGACUUGUUCAAACUGUGAAAUGUUUUGAGAUACUUAUUGAGAUUGUAAAGUCUGCACGACUCCCAACUCACUUUGAAAUACCCCAGGUACUAAUAUUCGACCUGUCAAUGUUCGAGAUGCUUUAGUUCAAGUGGUUUUUUUUUUUUUUUUUGCCUAAUCUUGUUUAAUUGUUUUAUUGCAAACCCUGUGUUCCUGAAUAAUCAUAUCACUUAAUUUUGUUGUUGUUUUUUCUCUCUUAUUGCAGAUUUUGCCCUUUCAAUAUUUACAUAAAUGUUUCAUGUCAGUUAUAGGUACAUGUAUUUUUUUUUGUUAUCUUAAAAAAAGAAUCCAAUUUUUCCCAGUGAGUUUGACUUAACUGGUAUCAAGUAAAUGAAGCCGUGUUAUUAGGCAUUUUAUUAUGUUAAAUGGGAGAGGGAGGCAGAAUUUAUAUGUUUUGUAUUUUUAAAAGGGAUAAAAUUGUUGUGUGGUCACAUGAACAAACAGUGAAACUGAGAUUGUUAGGGGAAUUUUACUUGUACACAAACCAGUACAUGUACUGUACGUAAGCCAACUUUUAUUUGCGUGCGAGAAAUACCUGCAAGUUUCGCGACCUACUUUAACUCGCGAAUAUUAAUCGCCGCGAACUAUCUAUUUUCUUUGUAUUUGUAGAGAUUGCUUCCCCAGUCAUGAAAAUUAAUUGUCGGGAAUAGAUUUCAAACUGACGAAUCGCGAACAAAAGAUGUCGCAAAUAAUACAUGUAGUUGGUUUACAGUAUCACAUUUCUGUAUUAGGAUCCUUUUCUAGCUUUCAUAGCAAACAUAUUUAUAACUAAUUCUGUGUAUUUUAUCCAGUUUUUUCUUUUAAUUAAACAAGAUGACAGUUGUGUUGAAUUGAAUAAUGAUAUUGAAAGUGUAGUUACAUAUUAUUAAAUAUCUCCACAAUUUCAUUAUCAUUGGGGCUAUCUUUGAUGUCAUUGAAUGAGGAUAUUUUUUAUUGUUUCUUUUUAAUACUGUAGAUCACGAAAUAUUUGCAACACUUUAUUUUAGCAAAAGAGGUAUUUAUAAGCGAGAGAAAAUUUUCAUGAAUUUUGGUUAUUGCUGUAAUGCUAUAUAAUUUAAACUUGUCUGAUAAAAAUAUACAUGAGAUUGAAAUCUUUGCGAGAAGACCCUCUCGAAUAAUUAUGCAAAAUAAUGUUCUGGCAUAUAAACAUGAAUUACAGUACAUGACGUUCAUACAAAAGUCUGUAAGAAAAAUAUAUUUUGGGACUUUCUAUUUGCAAUUUAAGUAGAAUCGCACAGUAUUACUGUUUGUAAAGUAAAUGUACUUGAACGUUUUCCAUUAUGAUGUAUGGAUCCGAAAUCAAAGUAAAAACAUUGUUAUGCUUGUAUUGGUGCAGUAAAAAUUUUAUUUACAUUAUUUAAUAUUUAUGUUGGUACAAUUAAUACAUACAUGUAAAUUAGUGGAACAAUGCUAUUAAAAAAAUAUGCACCAAUAUAAGUACAUUAAUUUUACAGUAUUAGAGGGAAUGUCUGUAAGCAGGGUGUUGAGGGUGUUUAGUUAAACAUAGAUAUUACAAUUAUAUUUAUUUAUGUCUUUUUUUAUCUGUGAACUCUUUGCUGUCAUCCCUGAACAUUUUACUUUUGUUGAACACAAGACUUGCAUCAGGAUAUUAACUUGGUGAAGAAUAAAAUGUUGAUUUACUUUG